CGAUUGACUAGAUACGUUGCAGCCUGUUGUCUUGUCUUCAGACUUCCUAAUAAGGUUAAAAUUUGGUCUUUUUUUUGUAGCUGUUCUUAUUAUCACAUGACAGGAGCAGCAAUUAACUCUGGAAAACUGGGAAAACUGGCCGUGGAGCUGCAUUCCUGGUUUGGGAAUAACUAGUCUGUGUCCUCACAACAAGUUGUGAGUAAAGACUGGCCAACAAACACAGCCACGUAGGAAGAAGAAAAAUAAAUAAGUGCAAACAAAAGCAAGGUCAAAAGGAGCUUAUUAAAAGAACAGCACCUAAAAGUACAGCACAAUAACUCUAAAACCAUGUGUCACUUAAACUUUGUCUUAUAUUUUAUAUCUUAUGUUAGAGCCUUAGCUUAAAGGAGGAAAUGGAGUUGAAGAUCUAAUCUGGCACAGCUUGGAGCUGAGUCAGCAGUGGCUGCUACUAUGCUGAACUGAAACCAGCAGCUGGUGGCAAAAGUCCCCCAGCAACUGAGUUUUGCAAAAACAACAGAAACUGUGUGGCUUCGUUAAGGUUUGCAGUUUCAUGACCAGGAUGUCUGAAUGGCAUGAGAAAGGAUUUCAGGUGGACACACAUGAUGACGGCACUCUUUGUAGUAAAUACUGUUUUGCUGGUAUUAGAAAGCAGCCUGUAAUCCUCGAAGCAGGCUGAAGAGCCCACGGGGGAUUCGCCUGUGUUCAUCUUUUUGCUGUCCCGGUGCAUAUGCUGGACUAUAGGGAUUGUGCUCAGCCUGCUACAGGACAUUGCACAGCUGCACACAAUAAACACACUCCUGCUGUUUCAAAGGAAAAUGUGGCACGGAAAAAAAGGCAGCACUUCCACUUUGACCUGUGGCUGUGUCUCACUCUGCAGAACUGGAUAUUAGACUUUGGAAGGCCUAUUGUUAUGAUCAUCCUUCCUCUGGAGUGGUUUCCGCUGAACAAGCCCAGUGCUGGAGACUAUUUCCACAUGGCCUACAAUGUCAUAACACCAUUCCUAAUGCUCAAGCUGAUUGAGCGCAGUCCCCGGGUGCUGUCUCGCACAGCUGUCUACCUCUGCAUCAUCACCUUUGUCAUGGGAGCCAGCAUCCACCUGGUGGGAGACUCCAUCAACCACCGGCUCAUCCUGAGUGGCUAUCAGCUCCACCUGUCAGUGAGGGAGAACCCCAUCAUCAAAGACCUUAAACCAGCUUCACUGAUUGACUCAUUUGAGCUGCUGUAUUAUUAUGAUGAGCACCUGGGACACUUAAUGUGGUAUAUUCCUUUCUUUAUCAUAGUGUUCAUCUACUUCAGUGGCUGCUUCUCCAAUGCUGAAGAACAGAAAAAGAUCCCCCUUGCCGGUUGGCUGUUGCUGGGACCCAGCGCUCUCUACUAUUGGUACUUGGUCACUGAAGGACAAAUCACCGAACUUUUCCUCCUCACCUUCCUUGCUAUGGUUGCUAUGGUGAUACUUCAACGUCAUAAAGGACUCGGCCCCGACAGCAACGGGCUGUUCCUGUUCUGCAGUUUCAGUGUGACUGUGCUGCUGGUGGCUCUGUGGGUGGCCUAUCUGUGGAAUGACCCGGUGCUACGCAACAAGUACCCCGGGCUCAUUUAUGUGCCAGAACCCUGGUCCUACUACACUUUGCACAUAAAGAAGAGCCACUGAAAGGUGCGCCAAAGUUGUUAUAAAGUUUUUAUGAAUGGCAGAAGCCACUCAUUUUUUUAUGGACUGAGACACUGGCUGUGCUCGACUCUGGCGCUCAGUAAUACUCAUUGAUGUGCAGCAGUUUCGCUGUUAAACACAAGAAUCUUCUGCCCUCAGACGUAUUGAGCAGGGAAUUUGUCUCCUCUGUGAAUUUCUAUAUUGAUUUGUGUGAAACCUUUUGUCAUUUGUCUGAUUUUAAUUAUGCGGUCUCAUUUAGAAAAAACACUGUUUGACAUGAGAUAUCAUAAAGGAGACCAGCACUGCAAAACAUACACAUCUGACAUUCAUCAGUUUAUAAGGACUAAGGGAGGUUUUGCAUUUCUCAUGUCAUACAUGUUUACUUUACUGAGGCAAAUCAGAAAAGAAGAAAAAAAAAUCAGUUCUGUGUUUUAAAAUGUUUUGCCCAAAUGGGAAUGUGUUCCAGUUAAAGGUAUAACCAGCACUUGGAUUUAUCCAAUAAAGGCAACAUGAGCUAUGGUCAAAUAUAACUGUGUGAUCAUUACCUCGCCCACUGAUGGGUGGAGAGCUAAAGUUAUCGGUCGUGUGCUGUCAGUCAGUCAGUCUGUCAACUUGGAAAAUUAUAAAUGGAUUUCAAUGAAAAUUUUCAAAUAGUUGUUAGGGGUGAUACAAGGAGCACUUUAUUAAAAUUUAUUACAUUUAGGUAAUGAUCUGGAUCAUGAUCUAGAAAAUGUGGGGCGGAUGAGCUAUGUGCUCUACUGAGUGCCCUUGAAAUGUAUUGCUGUUACACAAGAUCCUAAGAUCAGGCACAAACACAGGCUUCACGAUUUAUUCAAAUUAAUUAAGUGCCACUUGAACACCCGUGGCGCAUUGACAUUUUGAGAAUGUUUGGUAAUGAAUUCUUGGAAAAGUACAGGGCUGCUUCAGCUGAUUUGACAUGUGACAGUCCCACAAACCAGCCAGAAUGAGAAUGCUGACCUUGUGUAGACAAAGAGGAAAAAACUAACCUCGCAUAACCUCAAAGAAUCCAAUCUAUUAACAGCUGAAUGCUGUGAUAUUGAUCUUUAAACACCCCCAAAGAAACAAGUGUCAUGGCUACACACAUGCUCCUCUCUGACUGUCAAAGAAGAUGAGAAGUAGUAGCUAAAGUAAUAUACAUAUAUAUCCCAAAAGAUGUAUAUUGAUAGCAGUUUACAUGCGUGGCAAACAACAAACCUUUAAUAAUACAGUACUGUGUGUGUGCGUGUAUGUAUGCUUAUAAAUAAGACCAAGCACUACAUGAAAAAACAGAUUUUCAUUCUUAUGAACAGCCCACCUUCCUCUUGAAAGUAAAGGCCAGUAUAGUAGAAGUCUGAGUGUAACAUGACACAUCAGCAUUAAAUAAAUGAAAAGAAAAAAAAAAAAUUAUAUAUAUAAAUUUUUUUUAAAGAUUCCAUUCUCUCAGGUAUUGUGAGUGAAGUUUAUAUUUUUAUUCGUUUCACUGUAACAUCUAUGUGCUGUAAUGUACACCAUUACAGGUAACAGAUGGCACUUAACUGAUAAAUCGCUGCUGAUUUGAUGUAUCUGUAGAUGUGUUUGCCUGUUCAGUAUCUUUGUUAAUUCAAAAUCUGGAUUUUGAUAAGUUUUGUAUAGUAUUGC